AUGGCCUCCUCCCACCAAGACGACGAUCUGUCGCCGAGCGAGUUUCUGAAGUCGAUCCAGAAUCUGGGCGCGAAGAAGGACGCCGAAGACGCAGAGCGGGUCGCCGCAUUGGAGAAGGAGAUCGAGCAAGGCCGGCGGGAGCGUGAAAUGAGACGUGCUGAACGCGCGAGAAGUAUCUCUCCCGAGAAGCCGGCGCAGCGAGCAUCAAGAGACAGUACACCAGCGUCACCCAGGGCCAGCGAGACCACCUCCAACGCGAAGAUGGCGGACGAAACAAGCACCACCUCACCCACGACGUCGACACCGCAGACGGCAAGCCAAUUGGCGAGAUCGGGCACGCUGUCGUGGCAGCAGAGGCCGAAGUCACGGGGAGGUGAUGGCCGUCGACCAUUGUCGUGGCUUGCCCAGGAAAACGCCGCGAGAUCACCAAGAGACACGCCGGAGAGAGCCAGAAGCCCUCUCAAGACGAGCCCUGAUGCGUCCGGGAGUAGCACGCCUGAUCCAUCAUCGGAGAAUGAUAAAGAGCCAUCGCGCGCGCAGAUUGCUGAAGCAUUGGGCUCCAAGGACCCGACCUGGUUCAGGCAGACGCCGGACAGGGGCAUCGGCUCCGCUGCGUACCGGCGGAGUCAAGAGGAGGACAACACCAGCUCGAGCGCAGGCAGGAUGAGGCUUCCAGGUAUGUCGCGCGAGUCCACGGCGGAGGCAGAGGUCACGGGCAGUCCACCGCCCGACAGCACGCGCUCCAGUUCACCCUCACGCACCAAUUCCGUCAGGGACAGCACAUUCAGCAAUAAUCGCUACUCGAGCACCACUGCGGGUACGGAGUUUGGCUCCUUGAGGAUGAAGUCUCCACCCGCCUCUAUCUUGGACGCGCCAAAACUUGAGCCCUCGCCGUCAGAGCGUAAGACACCGUUGGGCGCGCGACCGCCGUCGCCAACGAAGGGCAUGGGAGGCUUCGUCGAGAGCGCAAUGCUCAAACGUGCGGACAGCGUGAGCAAGAGGUGGAGUCAGCAGUCCGGCGCCGGCUUGACAAGAACGGGCUCUUCGGCCAGCAACCGUAAUGGAUAUGGAGGCGCCAUGCCAGUCACAGAUCUCGCGUCAUCCGCCAGCCGUGACAAUUCCCUCGAACCUAGUUCGCGGCCUACUUCUAGCCACAGCAAUCUUACCGUCACGCAGCGCUCUGAGAAUGCCUCUACCGCAAAGGAUGCCGAUGGCUUUGUUAAACCCUCGUUGCCGGACCGCAGCCAUAGCCGGUCAAAAUCGGUGGCAUCGCUACGCAGUCUAAGCAACGAGCAAGGCAACGAGCCCGGCUCUCCAGCGAGCCCCUCAAAGAGAUGGAGCCCCACCAAGUCGAGCUGGCUGGAAUCAAGCCUUCUGAAGGAGGAAAAGCCAAAGGUUGUGGCACAGCCUCCCCCUGCGCAGCCGUCCUGGAUGGUAGAGAUCAACAAAGCAAAGCAACAAAGGGCUGCCUCGCCAGCAAAGGAGCUCUCCAGUCCAGUUUCAACCGAACCGAAAGUCUUGCCGUUCGGCCGCGAGAUCUUGAAGCCUACGUCAAAAGAAUCAUCGCGUCCUUCAUCAGUAACAGAGGCCAAGCCCGCACCAAUGCCAACGUCUAAACCUUUGUCGCCUACGGAGCCAAAAGCGAAACCGCCCUCUCCAGAAGUCGCUGCAAAGCCCGCAGCCUUAGCCAAAGAUAAGCCGGACACCUCAGCCAAGCCGUCCUCUCCCUCGCCACCGCCCUCCCUGGUUAAAACCCGGACCAACUCCUUUGAGCCUGCGAAAACAGCCAUGCCGUCUUCUCCUGGAAAAUUUGACUUCCGCGCUAACCUAAAGUCUCGUGCGCCACCUCCAGAUGCUGGCAAGAGCGAAGAACCGGAAUUCAAGAACUUAUUGGGCAAUCUGAAACGGACGAAGACGCAGAACUGGGUACCGCCAGACACUCUGAAGGAUAACAUUACACGUGGGAAGGCGGCGCUAAACGUCACCGGUGGCGUCCCGGAGCGCAAGCGCGUCGACGAGCUCAAAGAACAACUUAACGCGCAAAAGGCCGCAAUUAAGGCGCGUGCCGAGGCGGGUGACGCGCCUCCGCGUCCGCAAAAACCGGCAGAGCUACCGUCCACGCCGGAGGCGCUGGCGCGGAGAAAGACGCUAAACAAGUCGGAGAGCGCAAAGGAUGCGAUGCCGUCUGGCUUGAACAGGAGCUCAAGAGAGGAGACACCCGAAGCACUUGCAGCAAUGAGGGCCGUGAGGGGCCAGGCCAAACCCUCGGUCACAAAUGCAAAGUUGGAAAGUCCAGCUGUCAAGGAAAAGAGCCCUCCACCUGUAGCGGAGAAGAGGAUCUCGAACUUGACUAUUGGAUCCGGGCCUUCGACUUCUGAAAAGGCAAAGCCAGAACCUGCUGUGGAGAAAGCGGUCGAAACUUCUGUCGAAAAACCAGUUGAUAAAUACGCUGAAAACCCCGUCGAGCCUUCCGCACCGAAAUCAACUGCACAGCCUUUUGGUCUGGCAGGUAUGGUCAAGCCUGGUGUAUCGAGCAAGUUGGCCGAUCGUUUCAAUCCUGCACUCGCGAGUAUGUUAGCGAGAGGUCCGCCGGGAAGUGGCAGUGCGAGCAAGGGCGCAAGUCCAAGCGAUUCACCUGCUUUAUCCAGGACAACUACUCAGGAUGAGCAGCCAGGUACCGGCCCGGAGUUGGAGCACAAAACGAAAGGUAGGGCUAGAGGACCUAAGAGAAGAGCGAAAGGCAAGGCUGCGCAUACGGCAGAGGAAGAGACAAAGGUUGAGGAGGCGAAGGAAGAGGUUAAGGCAACUACGGCGAAGCCACAACCGAUUGAUGUGGAGUCGAAGCCAGCGACAUCAACCGUUGGGUCGAUGCCAGCCGACAGAACACCACCGAUGCAUACAAGAUUGCCUAGUGUUCAACCGGUCAAACCAAGCCAAGUGCUUCACAGCAGUCCAGCAUCGUCAACGCUCAGCAUGGCGGCUGAGGCAAAGCCAGAAGCACCGGACACACCAGCCAGAAAGACAAAACCGCUUACACCUUCUAAAUCAUCACGGCUGUCAAGCGCAGAGGUCAAGCCUGACGUGGACUCGGAAACCUCCAAGCGGACCAGCACACCCAAUCGUCUUCCACUACGUGAACAACAGGGGAACAUUGUAUCACCAAAGCCUGCCGAGUCACCCUCUCCCACGAAAACUCGGCCACUCCCUACGCCGCCAGCCGACUCCAAAACGGAGACACCAAAAAAAGAAACGACUAGCAAAGCCGCAAUUGGUGCUUUGUUCGAGCAGCGAUUCCAUAAUACCCCUCCAUCGCGAUCAAGUAACAAUUCUCCAGCCCCGGCCUCUGAAGACUCCAUGGCACCAAUGUCUGUUCGAGACUCAACGGCACUAUUUGCAAGACAAGAGUCCCCUGGGCCUUUCAGUUCUGGAAGGCGUUCACCGAUCAAGUUGCCAACAAAACAGGAUGAAGAAAAGGCGAUGAGAGAUGCUGGGCUAAUGCCACCGCCACAGGCUCCAGUCGACCCACAAAAGCCGACCAAAGAAGCCGCGACACACGGGCAAAAGUCAGGUACAACGGGCUUGGGUAUCUCAUCAGUAGCAACGGCUUCUUCAGCAGUCGUUGAGAUCUCGAGGUCUGGCAAAAAGUCGCCUCUAUCACCGCCGUUGAGUGUUCGCCCUUCACCUAUUAACGGAAACGCUGGGCCUAAGACUCCGGCAGAGAGCCCUAAGCCUGGUGCUCCCGCCGAGUCGCCUAUCCCACAUACUUCGGAAGCUACUCGGUUGUUUGGAGACUUUUUCGAUGAAAGACCGGUGGCGACGAGGCCUGAGAACAUCGACACGUUGUCAAUAUUGGAGUCUUCACCUCUGUCUACGGAGAAAGUGACAACGAUCAAGAAGCAGCUCCAAGAAAUCACGAACGAUGGCAAAUUGACUUCCGUUGCAUCGCACCAAGAACACAUACUGUUUGAUCAAUCAAUGUACGUGUGCACACACGUGUUCAGCACGUCCAAGGGUGUCAAGUCCACAGAGGUCUAUCUCUGGGCCGGCUCAGAUGUUUCUCCAGCGGCGCUGGAGGAUGCGCAGCUCUUCGGCAAGCGCGUGGCCAAGGACAACAGUGGUAAAUUCAUUCUUAUUCAACAAGGACAGGAGACGCCAAACUUCAUACAGGCGCUUGGCGGAAUCCUUAUCACGUUCAAGGGCUCGAAAUCACGCAGUUCGAUCGGCGUACCUCUGCAGUUCGUGCUUUGCGGGCGCAGACAUCUCGGUCAUGUUGUCUUCGACGAAGUUGACUUCAGCCUACAGUCUUUCUGCUCGGGAUUCCCUUACCUCAUCUCCGCAAACAAUAAGCUCUACCUUUGGAAGGGCAUCGGUUGUCACCAAGAGGAGCUCAGUUCUGCACGUCUUAUCACUAUGGACGUUUCACCUAUGCCAGAUCUUACUGAGAUCGAAGAAGGCAAGGAGCCCGCUUCGUUCUUUUCGCUGUUCCCUCCUUUGCCUAAGUACCCCAAGAACACAAUGCCCCGCUCAGCGGACCAUUGGCGCCUUCGACCGCGCCACGACAAUUACGGGGUGCGGCUUUUUAGGGUCGAGCAGACGCGUCAGAAGAGCAUGUCAUUGCAGCCGAGAACACCACUAAGUGCCACGCCGACGGGCACCUUGACGACCAAGAUUGUGGAGAUAGCGCCGUUUGGACAGGCGGAUCUGAGAGCGGAUUCCGUGUUUGUGCUCGACGCCUUUUUUGAGGUAUAUGUCAUCAUAGGGCCGCUAGCUCAAUCCCAGUCACAUGCUUUCGCCGCCGCGCUCCAUUUCGCUCAGGACUACGGUAUUCUCGCCGCGUCGACGCAAGAUCGUCCGUUUGUCCCCGUUUCAACUGUGGUUAUGGAAGGCUCACCACGGGACAUGAGAUUCUGCUUCAGAAACUGGGACAACGAGCGGGGAGUGGGAGGCACGGAGAGCCUGAUGGCAGGUCUUCGUAGAGCUGGUAGCUUGAGGUGUGUGGGUUUGAGUGCGGCACUAGCAAGUCUGAGAGUUAAUUCAUGA